UUACGUUCCCAUUUAACUUUGUCGUCUGUAUCAUACUAACAUCAUAUUUCAAAUGUUUUGACCUGGAAACUAAAAAGAAGUUUGAAAGAUAAAAUCUACAAAAUAGAAAUUAAGAUGAUGCUUUGACUUAUUACACGGAUUUUUACAGAGUCAAUUAAUAUUAAGAGACAGCCAAAUAAGUCUAGAAAUUUUUAAGAAUCUGAUCAUUUGUAUUUUGUAGUUAAUAGGGAUUGAUGAUUCUAGUCACAAAUUCUUUAUGUAUAUAUGGCUAGUGAGUGAGCGAAGCUUGUGAGCAACUACAUUCGUACCGUUCCGUCAAUUGUUUUCACGUCCAGAAAUAUGAUUGAUCAAAAGUUGGUCAUGAAUAAACGGAAACGUAGUUUACAAAAAAAAAAAUAAACGGAAACGUAAAAAUACAUCAACUGGACAAAACCAUUGGAGGGGCAAUCUUAUGUAACUGUGAAACAAAAAAAAUAGUAGAAAAAUGCAUGCAUUUCAAUUGCAGAGGAUUAUGUGGUGGUGAAAAAAAAACUAUUUAUUAAAAUUAUUCUACAAUAUUUGAACUAAUGAACAUAUUUUGAAAUCCAAACUGUUUUACGGCCAAAAGAUCCUUGUUUCAGUGGUUUUUUUUUUUUACCAAAAGCAACAUGUAUUGGUGAGACACCUAAUUCAACCCAGGAAGGAUUGUGAUGUGAUGCGGAUGUUUAUUGGGGAAUUCCUCCACGUCCUUAAUUUUAUUGAUUAAAAUCAUGUCGUCUUUGGAAAUCAAUAAAAUUCUAAAAAGACUAAAAUAUGGUCAAUGGUGGAAAACCAAAAUAAAAUAGGAGCCACGGCUCCAAGUUAAAAGACUCUAAACGUUGACAGCGAAUCUUAAAUUAUUUAUCGUCCAAAUUAACUCACAAGUGAUUGGGUUGGUGGUGUUGAAAAGAGAACUAAAGCCAAUUAGUUUAUUGAUCAUCGUCGUCUUGUACUUCGUCAAAGGUUAUAACAAAAUUGUUUUUUAGAUGCAUCUUUAAUAAUUAAUAUCAAAUAAAUAUUUGUUUUGGCAACAAAAAGAAGGAUCAUUAAUUGAGGAAGUUAUUUUUUUUUUCCUUUUACAAAGCACGAAAAAUGAUGUAUACGGUUGAUUUUUAAAAUUAAUGUGUAAUCAAAUAUCAAUACAAUACUAAAAGGGGAAUAAGGGCUUCCCACAUGCUUCCACGUCCUUAAUAAUAAUCAACCAAUAGGAUGUCUUUUUUUUUCCACGUCACGCGAAGGAUGGGCUGUUUUGUUUCUUUGAUCCGUAAAAUAUAAAAUUUGACACAAAAGCCCAAUCCAAAAUAAACCUAGCAAAACUCAUAAACAUCGUCUUUUUCUCUUUCUCACCUUCCCCAGUUUUCUACGUUUCUUCCCUACUGUAUCUAAGCCAUAAAUUGAACCUCUAAUAACAUAAACGUUCGACUUGCUUCAUUAUCGUCUCCACCUCUCUCCUUAUCUGCGAAAAUCAAUCAUAGUAUUCUAAUCUCUUGCUUUGUUUGAUUGCUUCCAUGUCAGUUGGCUUCCUUAAAAUAUAUUGGAUUCUUCUUCUUCCCUGGAAAAUUGAAGGUGCUUCCUCUUUUUUCCCUCUCUCUUACUUCUUAAUUGUUUUCAUAACUAAAUUGGAUAUGCGAUUCGAUCUAAUUUAGGGUUUUAGUAUCAAUAUUAUCCCAAUUUCGUUCAUAUCACAGCACUGUCUCUGGGUUCUAAAAAGAAAAGCUCUCAAUAUCUUAUUUUUCUCUGCCACAGAGAGAGAGAGAGAGAGAGAGAGAGAGAGAGAGAGAGAGAGAGAGAGAGAGAGAGAGAGAGAGAGAGAGAGAGAGAGAGAGAGAGAGAGAGAGCUAAAGGGGUUUCGAGUGAAGAUGAAGGAGGGAAAGCAAUAGAGACGUCACAGCCGACGGUGGCUCCUCCGGCGAAGCACAGCCGACAGCUAGGAGCUCAGCUGUCGGGAAGCAUGAGUUUCAGCAGACAAAUGUCGAAUGAAGACGAGGAGAUGUCGAGGACGGCUUUGUCUGCUAUCAGGGCGAAAGAAGAGGAGAUCGAGAAGAAUAAGAUGGAGAUUAGGGAAAGGGUUCAAGCUCAGCUUGGUCGUGUCGAAGAGGAGACUAAGCGCCUCGCUUUGAUCCGUGAGGAACUUGAAGGUUUAGCUGAACCCAUGAGGAAAGAAGUUGCUUUGGCCAGGAAGAAGAUUGAUUCUGUCAACAAAGAGUUAAAGCCUUUGGGUCAUACUGUUCAGAAAAAGGAACGAGAGUACAAAGAAGCUCUUGAAGCAUUCAACGAAAAGAACAGGGAGAAGGUGCAGCUAAUCACCAAGCUUACGGAGGUUAGUCAACUAAUUCUAAAAUCCUUUUCUUUUUUUUAUUUAUUGAAUAUAGUAAUUGGAGAUAGUGUUUGAAUAAUUGGUUCAAGUGUUUAUCUUCUUCUCUGGUUAUGGUUCUAUGUUUGUCUAAAUAUAUCUGUGAGUCUUGAGCUUAGUUAGUGAUUUUUCAACUCAAACAAAAAUUACAACAUGAUCUUUGAAUUUUAAAACAUCUGGUUUAUUAUUGACUGAAUACAAGUACACGCUAAUCCUCAAUUUCUACAGACUCGAGAAUAAUAAAUAAGAUUCAGUGAGAAAGGUGAAUCAGGCCAACAUGCAUGACGGCACAUCCAGAAAGUAAUUUACCUUCUUGAUACCAGCAAUCACAUGCAGCGGAACAAAACCAUGAUCAUCCAUGUGCCCACGAAGGUAUGUGUCUCUAAUCAAAUUCUCUUCACUGUAACAAAAAGAAACAUUUGCAUCUAAAUUACUCCUUCCCAGAAGAGAAAUGAGACGAAUAAGAGAGAUUCAAUACAAAAGUACUACCUAAAAUAAUAUUGUAUUUGCUUCUGUAGUUUUACGUUUAGAGGAAGAUCUUGGACUUGGUAAAAGACUGGACCAGGUGAGAGAGGGCUGAUGAAAGGCAUACGGGGAUAAUAUGGAGAUGCCAAUUCUGAAAUGAAAGACGCAUUAGAAAAAAAAAAAGAGUUCCAAAACGUGAUCUUUCAAUGUAUCUCACUAGGAGGAAAAGGCACAUGCCCGCCAAAAGGCUGAAUAGGCUGAGCUGCCAUAAACUGAGGAGGAAUUGACUGCAUAGUUGGAGGUUGAUGUCUCACAAAUGCUGGGGCGCCUCUUUGUGAAUGUGCAUUUCCAUCUCUCCCACUAAAGCUUCUGCAAAAAUUCCAGUUUUGAUUCCCUUGCUCCUGGCUGCGCCUGCCACCAUGACUUUGGUGGUGGUGGUGGUGGUGGUUACCAUUUUGGUUCCUGUGCGAGUGCCGUGGUGAAAAGUUGUCACUACAACCACCAUGGGUUUGUGAUGCAGAGCCAUUCCUCUGGUUUUGGCCUCUAGGAGAAGGGUUGUGCGAAGGUGUUUCGACAAGUGGAUCUUGAGAAACAGUACCAUUAGCAGCGGAUCCAGAAGAGCUAUAGUAAUUUUUAAAAAAAUUUAUAAAAUAAAAAAAAUUUAUAUAAAAUAAUUUUACUGUUGACUUACUAUUCUAAUAUUUCAAUUUGAAUAUUCUCUUUGUUUUAUAAUAUAAUGGUUUAAAAGUAUUUUUUGUUACACUAUAUAAAUUGUUUUUAUAUUUCAAUGUAACUUUAUAUUUAUUAUAUAUUGCGUGGCCAAUUAAAUUAUGUAAAUUACUGUAUAAUUGUUUAAAUUUAAAUAUUAAAUGACAGUUUUCUAAAGAAAUAACUUUUAAAUAUUACAGAUUUUAAUUAAAAUUGAUUACAUUUUGAAGCAGAUGGAGUAAUCUAUAAACUAACUCUAUAUAUAUACCUUGAAUUUCUCUCAUUAUGUGCAUUCCUAACUCGAAUGAGAUAAUCAACAUCUAAUAUUAUGUUACUCUCAGUAUAUUAGAAAUGAUCGAACCGUAAACCAAUUAAGGAUGAUGUAAGGAAGACAUAAAUAUGUAUUUCCAGUUAUCAUAAAAUAUAGAAUCAAUUGACAGCAACUUAAUUAUGUUCAGCGUAGAACAACAGAGAAGAGUUUCCAUAAUUUCUAAUAUUAUAAUAUCUCACUAUUUUAAGCUUUUCUCUAGCACAAAUACUCACUUUAUUCUGGAGUUUAAGCUUUUCUAUCUGAUGAUAUUAGUAGUUUGAUCCAAAAAAGAAAACAGUCGAACUGUACAUUGUAAUUG